AUGUUUCCGAAGAAAGGGCCCAAUCCCUACGGCCAGCCGCCGCAGUAUGGCGCGCAGCAACCGUACGGCAAAAUUCCUGGUAGCGGCGGGUAUGUGACAUCUGCUGCAGCAGCUGGUGGCACAGAUGGCCCUCAGUUUGGCGGCAAUGCGGCACAGGGUGCUGUGGGGCAGUAUGGAGGGCCUUACGCUGCGGUUUAUGGCGCGCAGAAGGUUGGUGGACUUGCUGGCAAAGGUCCAAGUUCUUCUGGUCUUCCCAACCUGCAAGCUCAUCAAACAUCACUCUCUGAGUCAUCAAAGUUCUCAUCUGGAGCUGUAGGGUCCAGUCUGGGAAGGCCAAAUGAUGACUAUCUAGCUUCUCGUGCAUAUGUGCCAAAGCUAGAGCAGUACAGUAUGAAUUAUGAAUUGGAGAGAAGGAUGUACGGUGAACAGUCAGCUAAUAUUGGCAGGAGAGAUGGCUUCAAUGAUUUGGAUAGAAGAUACCCCGAUCAUAUUCCUGGAAGCCAUCAGAUUCACGACCGUGUGGAUCAGGUUUCAUCGACGCGACAUCAGCAACUCCUAAAAACUCCACUGCAGCCUGUCUCUGACAUACGACAAGCCGAUUACUUUGCAGGAAGGGCCGGUCCAGUCCAUCAAGGUUCCCAGGAAGCUAGCGCAUAUGGAGGAGUUGAAGCCGAUCAUCACAGCUUGUUAAUUCUUGGAUCUGUUCCAUAUGGCGGCCAACAACAAGCUUCAAUCUUGGGGGGGACCCAGAGGACAAACAUGGACAGCCUUGUCUAUGGACAAGGGUCAUCGGGCAGUGGUUACGUGAUGGGCCUACCCCCUGGACACGACUAUGCUUCAGGGAAGAACUUGCUGCAUGCAUCUUCAGAGUCUGAUUACCGAGAUAGCAUCUUACCUCGUGUACAUCCAAGCAUCCCCAUGGUUGAUGAGCCAACAAGAGACAGGGUUGUUUUUCGCCGUGAACUGGAUCUAAGAGAUGAGGAGCAUAGAAGGGGCCUUUUGUGGGAAAGAGAGAAGGAAAGGGAAUGGGAACGCGAACAAGAGCUACGAUACCAUGAAAUGGAAAGAAAACAAGACAGGGAGCGGGAGCACGAACGUCUAAGAGAGCGUGAAAGGGAAAGGGGACUCGAACAAGAAAGAGUACGUCUUCGCGAGCGCCGGGAGAAUGGGAGGGAGCGGGAUAGGAAGCAUGUGGCUAUUCCAAGGCGGGAGCACACUCCUCCAAGGACACCUCGUGAAAGGCGGCGUUCUUCUUCUGUUAGAUCUGAGAAGCCUUUGCGGCGGCUUUCGCCUCGACGUGAUGUCCUGCAUAGGCCUCGUUCACCUGUUAAACAACUAAAGAGAGAAUAUAUUUGCAAGGUCUUUCCAUUUCGCUUGGUGGAUGCUGAGAGGGACUACUUAUCUUUGACAAAGCGAUAUCCUAGACUAGUGAUUUCUCCAGAUGUUUCUAAGGUUGUCUUGAACUGGCCAAAAGGAAACCUUAAUCUUUCAAUGCGCACACCAGUCAGUUUGGAGCAUGACAUCCAUGAAGUGGAUGAUAAGGCCGACGAAAGAACAGUUUUAUCUUCAGAGAAAUCGUACAGCACCGGCACUCCAGACACUGUUUGGAAUGUAAAGGUUCUCUUGAUGAGUGGUAUGAGCAACGGUGCCUUCGCUGAUAUAUGUUCAUUGAGAAGUGCCGAGGAACGACUAGCGCACUGGAACAAUGUCUUGAAAUUUGCUGUAUUUAAGAAGGAUCAUGCACUUAUUACAAUUGGAGGUCCUUGGAGUGCAGCAAUAGAUGGUGGAGAUCCAUUGAUUGACUCUUCGUGCUUGGUGCGGACUGCUAUCAGAUGCACUAAAGAACUGGUUCAGAUUGAUCUAUCUAAUUGCACACACUGGAAUCAUUUCCUCGAGGUCCAUUACAACAGAAUUGGCAAAGAUGGACUCUUUAGUCAUAAAGAGAUUUCCGUACUGUUUGUGCCAAACCUGUCAGAAUGCAUACCUUCAGUAGAGUUAUGGAAGAAAACCUGGAUUACAUACAGAAAUUCAAAAGUAGACAGGGAGAAACUGGCUAUAAAGAGUGAAAAUGCCCCUUGUGAUACAAAGGAACAGAAGGAAGGAGCAGAUGAUGGUCAUAUGAGGGAGGGGGAUAUUUGCAAGGAUGUUACCAAAAUUGAGAAAGUUGAUACUAAAAUGGAUGAGCAGGGCAAAGAUGGGGAGGCAAAGUUUGUUGAGAAUAAAGGGAAACCACUUGAUAAUGCUGUGGAACAUAAUAAGAAGGGUGGGGACAUUCAAGGAAAUACCUCAGGCGAUGCCUCCGUUCACCAUGCAGUUGAGGAUAAAAAGCCCACACGAAGGAAAGUAAUAAAGAAGGUUAUCAGAAAAGUUGUUCGUGAAAAGCCAACUGCUGAAACUUCAAUUGACAAAUCAUCUCAGGUGGACAAGGCUGUGGUGGCAGAAACCACAAACAAAACUGUGGAAGAGCAGGUUGAACAAACAACUGAGGAUGUUAGUAAAAAAGAGGAUGGAACUGGCAUUAAUCUGCAACCUGAGACCAAUAAAACUGGGAAGAAGAAAGUAAUUCGAAGGAUUAUUAAGAGAAAAGUUCCUGCUUCAGGAUCCAAGUUGAUUGCACCUGCUGUACCUGCAGAAACAAGUAAACAAGGAGGGGAAGUUCAACAAGAAAAGAAUGAUGAAAGCUUGACUGAUGCUGGAAAUUCUCAGAUUAAGCUGGCAGAACGGUCUAACAUUGCUGCUGAAAAGAUUUCAAAUCCGAAGAAAGAAGAAAAGGCAGAUAAGGCACAUCUAUGUACCGAGGAUAAAAAAUCAAAUGGAGAUAAGGUUAGUGAACAGGAAGGUGUGAAUGGAGAUGUGAAUAAAGAGGGGGGGAAUGGAACGAAAGAUAAGGCAAAGGAUGGUAAAGAAAAAAAGAUAAAUGACCUGAAGAAGGAUCCAAAGCAAAAGUCACUUAAUAAUGACACCAAAGAGAAGAAGAAAUCUGACGAACCUCCUAAACAUCCAGGAUUCAUUCUGCAGACAAAAAAGAGUAAAGAGUCUAAACUCCGUCCAAUAUCCCUUUCAUUGGAUGGCCUACUAGACUAUACAACCAAUGACACAGAGGAAUCUGUUUUUGAGCUUUCGCUGUUUGCUGAAUCGUUCAGUGAAAUGCUUCAAUUCAGAAUGGGCUGCAUUAUCCUGUCUUUUCUUGAGAAACUACACAAGCACUUCGUUACAAAGAAGAACCGACGUAAGCGAACAAGAGAGGAUGAUCUAAUGAAGGAAGGCACAAAAUCAUCAGAAAAGAGAUCAAAGACAACUGACGAUGCUCACAUUGAAAGUACCCCUAAUAAUAUCAGUGCUCCAAAAAAUGAUAAAAUAAUGGAAGAUGAUAAGAAAAAGAUGAGCAUAGAUCAGAUACCUUUACCAGCUACUCGUGAUGAACCUGAAGCAGCAGAGAAGAUGGAGGAUGAAGAUCCUGACUACGAAGAAGAUCCCGAGGAAGUAGAAAUAUAUGAAGACGAUGAGGACAUGGAUGGUGAUACAGCUGAGCAACAGGACGGUAAUUUGAACAGUAGAGAGGUCAAAUUAGAAGAAGUAACAAAAGAAGAUAAAGUGAACCAGAAAGCAGGGAAGGAGAUCGAAUUAGAAAAUGUUGCCUGUACAGAUGAAAAGCCUGUUUCGAGGAAGGUCAAGCCUACUAUAGCAGAGAAAGGAGGUUUGGUAGAAGUUGGCGAUAGGGCAGCUGUAUCACCGAAAGGAGAUUCAGCAAAACAUGAAGUAAUUGAUAAGGACCUGUUGCAGGCUUUUCGCUACUUUGACAAGAGCAGAGUGGGCUAUAUCAAGGCAGAAGAUCUAAGGUGCAUUAUUCACAACCUGGGGAAGUUCUUGUCUAAUAGGGACGUGAAGGACUUGGUGGAGACUGCGCUUGCUGAGAGCAAUUCGGCGAGGGAUAACCGUGUUAUCUAUACAAAGCUUGUGAAGAUAGUGGACCUCUGA